AUGGGUGCUCCAGUUCAGUGUUUCCCAACGCGCCAUCAGACUGUGCAGUUUCCAGGGAAUGGAGUUGGUCUUGAGGCAAACCUUGGAUACUAUCAAAGAGCAGACUUUGCUUUAGAUAGUCUAAGUAUUGGCCUCACAGGCCCGACGCUUAAGAAUCAAACCGUCGCUGGGAUUGCCACUCCCGAUCCUUUUUAUCUUGGAAUCUUCGGUCUGAACCCGCAGCCCGUCAAUUUUACCUCUUUGGGAAAUUUCUCUUCGCCCUCAUAUUUUACUACACUCAAGGACCAGGGUACCAUUCCGAGUCUCAGCUGGAGCUAUACGGCCGGCGCCAAGUAUCGCUUGAAACAAGUUUACGGACAACUCAUCUUCUCUGGAUAUGAUACAUCACGAUUCACUUCGAACUCAGUGUCAUUCUCUAUGGCCGAUGACAUCACCCGUGACCUGGUCGUCUAUCUUCAGUCCAUCAGUUAUAGUGGAUCAACCUCAGCCACAUUGCUCUCUGAGCCGAUCUUGAUUUUCAUCGACUCAACUGACCCCAACCUUUGGCUCCCUGAAAGUGUCUGUGACGCAUUUGAAGAGGCCUUUGACCUCACGCUCGAUGAUGACAGUGGUCUCUAUCUGGUUAACGAUACCCACAACACCCAAUUACUCAACUCGAAUGCGCAAGUGACAUUUCGACUGUCCGAUGUGUCUUCUGGUGGAGAUGCCGUGACAAUCACUCUUCCCUAUGAUGCGUUUGCUUUGACUGCAAAAGCCCCAUUGGUCGACAAUAGCAGCUAUUAUUUUCCGCUAAAACGCGCAGCUAACUCUACUCAGUUUACGUUGGGUCGGGCCUUUCUGCAAGAAGCAUAUCUCUCAGCUGAUUACGAGCGAAGUACAUUUAAUGUAUCGGCAUGCGCGUGGGAUGAAGACGCAGAAGAAGACAUAGUGACCAUCACCUCCAAAGAUUCCGAUUCCUCUGCUUGCUCGGGCGAUGCAUGUCCAUCAACUGGUGGUAAUCCUGACGACUCUUCAACACUGAGUAACGGUUCCGUAGCUGGUAUCGCGAUUGCGGCAUUGGUUGGUGUCGCAAUUCUAGCCGCAGUGUUGUUCUUUUUCAUUCGCCGUCAACGCCAAAAGAUGUCAUCGAAGGCCAGUCUGCCGGAGACAGAUGAGUCUGUUCUCUCUGGUCCGGUACACAACGCUCCUCCGCCUCCUCCUACCGAACCGUCAGACGAUUCUGCUCCACAGUCAAGAUUCUGGUCUCCAGAUGCCAUUCUGAGCGGUAUCAGCGACAGUAAUAAUGGUCAGAGCAGUGGUAGUGGUGGUAAUGGAAAUCAUGAGCAGAGUGUUGAUGAGAAUGGAAUGGAGCUGGAUGGGCAUGGUACACAGAUUCAGCCAGUUUAUCACGAAUUGGGCGGCACUGAAGUCUCAAAGACCGCACCAUAA